CUUCCAUUUAAAUCGUUUAGGUUAUUUAAGUCUCUUGAGCUAGCUAGCAUAGCAACUAGAUAACUAUAGCAACCAAAAAACACAACUUUAGCUGCACAGUUUAAUUUCUCAAACUCAGCUCACCAAUACAUUAAAAAAAAAGAUCGUUGGGUUCAAAGUGAUCACAACGACGUUGUAUGAUGUUAAAUGGAUGACAGACAUUAAACAAUCCCCUCGGAAACACUCGGAUAUCAAUGUAAUCUUGGCUAAUAAUUAAACGUACUGGUGGCUUUCCAUUCGUCUGCAUUUGCAUUGUUGUAUUUUGUGGCAGAUUCAUCGGGGUAAAUCAUUAUGGUUACAUACUGUUACAUAUAUAUAUCGGGGUAAAAUCCAUCAAGCAUCUUUGUAACACAGCAGGGAGGCAUUAUACAGGAGGGAAUAUUUCCUCACUUGCAUCUUUGUUACAGAGCAGGGAGGCAUUAUACAGGAGGUGCUAAUUUCUCACUAGCUCCGCUUUGUGAGGGAUUGCUCAAUCUGACGUGAGGCGCCGCUCUUUGCCUUACCCCGCUUGUCUCCUCUGCUCAGGUCACGAGCAAAUUCAGCUAUUUUGGUUAUAAAAUUAUUUAAGAUCAUUGGAAUCAUACAAAAAUUACAUUUAUAGCACAGAUAAGUAGAACAUAUUAAUAUCUGGGUUUUUUUCAUUAUAUAAUUUAACAUAUGUGUUGUGUUUUUAUUAUCUUAAUUUCUAAUGGACCAAUGAUAAUUCGUGAAUACACUAUGCCCGCGAAAUCGCGGAGCGAGCUGUCAGUUGAAGUCUAUCAAAAAUGGAUGGUGAACGUACUUGUCCUCCGCUGAAAAAGCGGCGAAUUUCUGAACAGCGCUUCAAGCUAGAAUAUAACGCAGAAUGGCCGACCAUCACCCGGUCGAAGCUGGACGACUUCCACGCUUACUGUAUGUUGUGUAAGACAGAUUUUAGCGUGAGGCAUGGGGGCCGACACGACGUUGAAAAGCACAUCAGGACUGCUAAACACACGUCAUACAAGGCGGCAGUGGAAGCUACAAGGCCCAUCGCGGGCUUCUUUACGGUUGACAGUGACACCAGUGUCAUAAAUGCCGAAGUGCUCGCUGUGGACUUUCUGGUGGAACACAACAUCCCGAUCGCGGUGGCCGACCACAUCGGGCCACUGGUGAAAAAGAUGUUUCCGGACUCGAAAAUCGCUGGUAAGGCUCAAAUGACAAAUAGCCUCAAUUCAUCUCAAGCAUUCAUAGGCAUAGAUUUAUAUCUGUAUACUGUCACAAUACACUCUACAAUCUGUACAGACUAUAUAAAACAGUUACAGUACUGCCCUGGUUGAUAAUCUGAUUUAAAUCUUGCAAAUUAAUCAUUGCUAAUUUAUAGCCUACUGAUACUGUAUCAUUCUAAUAAACAUUUUUCAUUUUAUGUAAAGGUGAAAAAAAAAUAGCCUAGGCCAACUUACUCUACAGAGGAUUAAUAUCAUGAUUGUAAUUCUGCAAUUCUGUGUAAUCUAGAGUAUAAUCAUGAUAAUACAAUGCAAUAUUUUUGUGAUUGCAAUUGCAGGAAAGUAUGGGUCUGGUCGCACAAAGAGCAGCGCCAUUGUUGGAGCUCUUGCCAAGGAGGAUGCGUCUGUGAUCACGGAGGCAAUGAGGACAGCUCCAUACUCCCUAGCCACGGAUGGGAGCACUGACUAUGGAGACUAGUGUCAUGAGGCAUCUACUGGGCAGAACAUAUUCAAACUCAUUGACAAUGAACUUGAGAAACGUAGCAUAUCCUGGGACAACUGCAUGAGUUUUGGGGCAGAUAAUGCCAUGGUGAUGCAGGGACUCAAAGCUGGCACGGCAGGCUACAUCAACAAAAAAAACAGUGCAGUAUAUGUGCUGGGAUGCCCGUGCCAUCUAAUUCAUCUAGCUGCAGAAAAAGCUGCUGCUCAGCUUCCAGUGUCCAUUGAAGAGCUGCUGGUGGACAUAUACUUCUACCUAGACAAAUCCAGCAAGAGGAAACAGGGACUGAAGAAAUUUCAGGAUCUGUGUGGAGUGGAAAUGAGAAAGAUUGUUAAACAUGUAAGUACGAGGUGGCUCUCUUUAGAUAAAUGCAUCGCCAGGUUGUUGCAGCAGUGGCCUGCAUUGCUGCAAUACUUUGAGUCAGAACAGUCUGGGCACAGCAGCAAGGACAAGACCACGCAGAGCAGCAGCAAGGACAAGUCCACCCACAGUGUUAGCAAGGACACAUCAACCCACAGUAGCGGCAGCAAGGACAAUUCUCAGUUUGAUUUGGCAGGCUAUCUCUUUCGCCAACAAAACCUAGCCAAAUUCUGUCAGGGAAAGAAAACACCAGCAGCUGCAACCACACAGCCCAAGACUGCAACGGCAAAGCCCAACACAUCUAGCGCUGCACCCACUCGGCCCAAGACAUCUAGCACUGCACCCACUCAGCCCAAGACAUCUAGCACUGCACCCACUCAGCCCAAGACAUCUAGCGCUGCACACACUCAGCCCAAGACAUCUACCACUACUCCCACUCAGCCCAAAACAUCUAGCACUGCACCCACUCAGCCCAAGACAUCUAGCACUGCACCCACUCAGCCCAAUACAUCUAGCACUGGAGCCACUCAGCCCAAGACAGGGGCACAACAGAGAGUGCAGAGGGCAUGUCAACAUCUGCAGGACCCAACAUUCCAUCUUUACUGCUACUUUCUAAGUGCGGUCCUGCCGAUAUUUGAUGAGGCCAACACUCUGCUGCAGCUAGACAAACCCUGCAUACAAAUACUACACAGGACUUUGACCACACAGCUGAAGAAUCUCUUGAACCGAUUUGUGAAGCCUCAGCUGAUCAAUGCAGCUGCUAAGGUUCACCAGGUACCAUUCAGGGAACCAAGCAACCAGAAGAGCAAUGAGACCUUGUUCAUUGGGCAAAACACCAGAGACUUCAUAAGAGAUCACCCUGAGCUUGAGGAGCUGCAGCUUGCCCAGGUCUUCAGCGCUGUGCGGGCAUUCUACAUGAAGGCUGUUGAGUACAUGGUGAAGAAGUUUCCCUAUGAUGACCCAGUGAUAAGGAAUGCUUCUGUGGCUGACAUGUCUGCACGGGACAGUGCAGACUUCAAUUCUGUGAGGUACUUCACAGGCAGAUUCCCCUGCUUGAAGAUGAGUGCUGAGGAGAUGGACAAGCUUGAGGGUCAAUUCAUGACCUACCAAACCGAUGCUCUGCCAGAAAGCAUCACCAGCUGUGACAGACCAGACACACAGUGGCACCUGAUGAGUCAGCUGAAGGAUGGAAAUGGCCAUCUCAAGUACCCUUUACUCUGCAAGGUAAUGCUGGCUAUCCUCUGCAUCUUCCAUUCCAAUGCAGACUGCAAACGCAUCUUCAGUCUUGUCACAAAAAACAGAACGGAGUUCAGACCUAGUAUGGGAAUGGAGACCCUGAGUAACCUCAUUACCCACAAACAAUUCAUGGUGGCAAAGGGGUCUGUCUGCUACAAGCAGGCGUACUCCAAGACAACUCUUGCCAAGGCCAAGUCAGCAACCUAUGACCAUCUAAAGUGAGAGGUUGAUGAGAUGGUCAUGUCACAGCCAAAGGUUCCCUUGAGUUGAACUCUGUUCUAAAAAAAGGCUGUGUAAAGGUUUUUCAUGUGUUAUUGUUCAGUAUUGUUUCAUGAUGAAUUCU